AUGGGAAACAACACAAGCUCGCCGACUGCCGCCGCAUCGGGCGAUGUCUGUGCGCCGGCCCUGGAAGCGUACCUUCAAUGUGUUGACAUUAAGACAACGCAGCGCGGAGGACUCCGCGACGGCGACGAAUGCGAAGAAGAGAUCAAAGCGUACAAGGCGUGUCGCCAACUGCACAAGAAGAUCGUUGCAGUGGCGGCAGCGGACCAGGCGAAGUAG